AUGAAGGAAAGGGCCGGACACCUCAUCGCCCGGGACUUGGACGAGUUGAGCCAUGCCUACCAGCUUGUCCCCCGAAGCAAGAGCUGUGUGAAAUGCGACGAUGCCGCCCAACUCGAAUGCCCGAAGUGUUCAGAUGGUGAAGUCUGCCAGUUUACCGUACCUCUAGACUGCACCAUGUGCGCUACAUCCAUCUGUGAGAAGGACUCCGACUCUUCUUCCCAGAGCAGCAGCAGCAGUCCCAAUGUUGGCGCCAUUGUCGGUGGUGUCUUGGGUGGUAUUGCUGUAAUUGCUCUUGUCACCUAUGUAGUAUGGAGACUUUGUAUCAAGCCAAAACGGUCACAGAUUCCCGCAUCCAUCUAUGUCGAAGAUACAGAUGCAAUUCACAACGAGAAGGAAGCCAACGCAAGAGGAGUUCGACCACCUUCGACACACACCGUCCACUCAAUCGCCUCCACGGUCCUCACGCGAGCAUCCAACAUCAUCCAGAUCGCAUAUAUCCCUGGCGUCACAAACCGAGCGACUCCGACAUCACCAAAUGUUCUUGUCCCUCCCGUGCCCCCGAUCCCUAUGCACCAUGCUCAGGACAACCGUGGUCUAGGAAACGACGAUCAACACUUCUUUGUUCCUGGCGACCUCAGAGACUCUACCUACUCAGGACUGUCAGGAUACUCAGACCGAACAUCCUACGCUCGCACAUCCUAUGCCCCUCGAUCUAGUGUGGCCUCUACAAUCUACGGCAAGCAGGCUCAGGUUCUUACACCUGCGCAGACUGGAAUGCGCGCCAAGCCUACCAUGGUCAGCGUCAAGUCUGUCGGUAACAACGGCAACGAGAUGAUGGCGCCACCAGUACCAGCAAUUGACUUCCAGAAAUUUGGCAACAGCCGGCCCAAGAGCGGCGCGAGCGCCUUCAGCGUCGGCUCAACGUUCCUUAACAGCGCCAACACUGCAACGCAGGCUCGUGCACAGGUGGUCAAGGUUGGAACGUUGAAGACGGUCGACGUCAGAAGCAAGACCGAAUCGGAUGCAUCAUCAUCAACAGUGGCACCUUCGCCACCAACAACACCAAGCGGCAACGUCACCCGAGACUCAAGCAUUACCGUUAUCGAGGAGUCGCCCACCCAGGAUCAAGGACCGUUCUCUGAUCCUCCAGAACGAAGCCCUCAACGAACAAACAAGGCCCCAAGCCUUGGUGCCGUUAUGGAGGAUUCAAUAGGCGAGAAUGACAAACCUAAUGUCCUCAUAAGGCGCGACAGCAGUCCUUUCGGUGAUAAGCACGCCACAAAAGAGUAA